AUGGAGACUAGCAUUAAAUUCGUUAUGCUAAAUGCGGGGAGAGGGAGGGAGGCGACGGAUUUGUUCGCAAGGAAACUGGAAAAGGAGAAGAUAGACAUAGGUAUUUUGAAGGAAAUAUACCACGGAAAGUUAAAUAUAAAAGGAUACAAAACAUAUAGGGUGGAGAAUGGAAAAGUAGCGAUAUUUGUGAAGAAAGAAAGGGGGGAGGUACGAACUCACGAAAAAUGGGCCAGUAAGAACGGGAUUAUGAUUAAGCUGGAAAGAAAAAAGGAAGAAAAUAAUAUUUGGUUGCUAAAUUUAUACGAUGAACCAGGAAAGAAUGCAAAUGAAAUAAAAAGAGUUUGGGACAAGGAAGUAAAGAAAAUAGUAAAGAGAAAAGGUAUAAAAAUUAUAGCUGGGGAUUUUAACGCGAGGAGCCCAAGUUGGGGGGACCAGGUUUAUAACGGAAGGGGGAGAAGAUUGGAAGAGUGGAUUAACGAAAAUGGAUAUCAGAUAGCAGAGGAUGCAAGUGGUAUACCAACCUUCAGAAACGCGAUGGGAAGGAGUUGGCCGGAUAUAGUAAUGAUUAAAGGGGAGGAAAUACAGGAUUACAGUUUCGGAAGAAGAGACACUUAG